GCUGCUGACGACAGGAGACGACGACGACUGCUUUUCGCUCACUCGUUCCUUCUGUGUGUUCGAUCGCUGUUCGGAGGCGGAAGUGAACCCGAAAUUCAGUAUUCUGAAGACCUGGUAGUCCCUCGCGAUGGAUGUGACCGAGGCGAGGGCAUUCCUGAAGAAAUGUCGUGACGAGAACGAUCGGCAGUCUUCGAAAAUUGUUGAUGUUUACAGAGAUGUCCUGAGCGAUUCCAUGAAGUCCCUCGGUGACGAACGAUGGGUCGUCUAUGAGCAAGUCGCACUCGCAUCGUUUGACACUCGAGACUGGGAAGUAUCGAAACAAUGCCUCCAGCAACUCAGUCAUCAGUAUCCGGGCAGUCAUCGGAUCAGGAAAUUGAAAGCGAUGCAAUUAGAAGCGUUGGGCGCGUACACGGACGCGGAGAAAAUCUACGAUGCCUUACUGGCUGAAGAUGAGGCCAACUCUUCGGUUCACAAACGAAAGAUAGCCAUACUGAAGGCCCAAGAGCUUAUCCCAGAAGCAAUCGAAAAACUGUGUGAAUACUUGAAAAAAUUCCAGAGUGACCAAGAAGCUUGGUUGGAGUUGAGCAAUCUCUACAUUGAAGAAAACGACUUCCCCAAAGCAGCGUUCUGCAUGGAAGAACUUUUGUUGACGUCCCCUCAUAACCAUCUGUAUCAUCAGCGAUAUGCGGAACUUCAGUAUCUGAUCGGGACCGUGGACAGCGUUGAACUGGCGCGUGCCUAUUUCGCACAAGCUUUGAAAUUCAAUCCUCAAAACAAGGAAGCGUUAUUCGGUUUCUGUAGCGCGGCGCAGUGGCUCGCCUCAUCGACCAAAUUAGCAUCGCAGAAGAAGAAAGAUAAUCAGAAAUACCUGACGUGGGCCAUUGAUCAAAUUAAAACUCUGUACCAGAAAGAAAUCGGUGCCCUCGAAGGCAAGGAUGUGGCCGUUGAGGAUCUCAUGGCGAAACUUAGCAUAAAAGCUGCGCCUGAGGACGAGGUCGAAGCGAACGGGGAGCAGAAGAAAGCUGAUUAAUUUUUCCAGAGUUUUCCUAGACUCGUCUGUGCAGUUUUAAUAUAUAAUUAAGAUUAUGUGAAAACCAUUCAACAUCCCAUUACUCCACAUGUUUCAUGGAAUUUCGGAGAAAGAA